UGAAAACGGUCUGAGUGCGCUUGACAACGUUGGCUCGUAUCGGUCACCCCCGGCCCCCCACCUCCGCUCAGGUGAAAUGGACUGGCCCGGGGGAGGCGGGGACUACAAGUGAAAAACUACAAGUCCCAGAGUGCCUCGCUUGCCCACGUGCUGUUUGAGAAUUCGAACACAGUGACGCGAUGGCAGCCGCAUUAUCGAGGGCUCUGAAGCUACCUGGUAAAAAAACCCAGGGGCUGGGGGAGUACGACCCCCUGACCCAAGCGGACAGCGAUGAGAGCGAGGAGGAGGAGGAGGAAGACGAGCUGGUCCUCAACUUCCCCAGGAACGGGUUCAGCCCCCAAGCCUGCUGCAGUACCGGCCUCCAGACACAGGGGGGCAACAGAGAGCGGGCCGCCGCACGCAAACACAGCCGCCUGACAGGCGGACACGAGGCCCCGGUCGACAGGGGCGCCGGCUCUGACCCGGAGCCCAAGGGCCGGGCCGGCCGGGCCCAGCUGAUCAGAACCACGGUGUUUCUCGCCACGCUGUGUGUCUCGGUGCUGGCUGUGUUGAUGUGUGCGUUUCUCAUUCCCUGUAGAAAGGGGGCGCUGUGGCCCAAGCAUUGGAAUAGGAGCGUGGGGGAGAUGGGAGACGUGUCCCUGCCUCCCCUGGAAUUAUGGGAUGUAGAUAACGAUACCGUCACUGAUGUCGUCAUAGCGAUGACCCAGCCAGCCAAUGACAGCUCAGCAUCUCCUCAUUUAUCUACACAGCUCCACUCAGUCUCUGCUCUCUCCGGUAUCGACGGCGCCCCCCUGUGGACCCAGUUGGUUCCGGAGGAAGCCCGGUUCAUCCAGUGCGGGUUCGAGACACUGGGGAGGGGGCCCGGCCCGGCCUGCCUGCUCACUGGGACCAGAACUCUGCUCCGAGCCGUCCAAGCGGACACUGGUUCGAGUCUAUGGCAGCUCUCUCCUCAGGCUCUGGGGGGACGGAUCGCAGGCCCAGCUCUGCGGGUUCCUGAUCUCAACGCAGACUCCGUGCCCGACCUGCUCGUCAGCGUGCUGCCCGGGGAUCAGCAGUCUCAUCUCUCUCUCCUGCUCGUCUCUGGAGCGGACGGAGCUCUGAUUGGUUCUAGGGUGACCUUUAACCUCACCAGGCCGGACAAGCCGAUUGGCCCACAGCUCCAUGUGACCAGAGGGGGCGCCGUCUACGUCCUGUUUGGCUUCGGCAUAGUCCCGGCCAGCCCGGUGGAGAAGGUCCUUUUCUUCAGAGCGGACCUACUGGGGCUAACCCUCUUCGACACCCCUCCCCAGGCCACUGCUCUUGCAGGGACCCGGAUUGGAGGAGACAGUGAAGAGGUCCCCUUUCUCCUCUCUCUCAGUGGUCAUGUUGAAUACUUGGCCUCUCUCUCGGGCUCCACACUGAGUUGCAAUGACCUCCUCGUCACCACUAGAGGGAGCCUCUCUUUCAUCACAGGCUCCAACCUGCAGAGAAAAUGGAGCAUUCGCAUACCAAGAAUACAGAGUCCUCCGGUCUUUGGAUUCUUCAAUAAAGAUGACAUCCCUGAUAUUAUGCUGCAAGUUUCCACUGUCGAGGGACUGAGAAAGGUGCUGGUAAUUGACGGCUCGAGUGGGCGGAGCCUGUGGCAGGCAGAGUUCCGCUGCCACCUGCAGGCCGUGGGCGGAACAGCACUGGCAACUAGGUGA